CCAUGGCUGAGUGGGGACCAGAACCCAGGUCACCUGAGUCCCAGGCCCACGUUCUUCACCACCACACCCCACAGCGGCCCCCUGGCCCUUUCCAACUCUGUUAUUCUAUGUUCUUAACAGGGAUACUUAACCUGUUGUUUGCAGUUUGUUUCUUCCACUUGAAAACUUAAUGGAAAUGCAGUGAGGUCUUUUGAUGGCGGUUGUGCUGAGAAAGCAGUCGCUCCGUUCCUGCAACAUCAACAACAGCGUGGCCUUGUGCAAUAUUUUUGAAGCCAUGACUGUGGUUCCAAACUCGGAUGCCUGUUGAAGGGUGUGCAGGCCAAGUGUCUAGGAAUGGGGGGGGGGGUCAGGGGGCAGCCCCCGUCCUCAGUGUGUAAGAUGGAAUGGAGAAGUUGUUACGCAGAGCCAGGUGAAGCGUUCACGGUGGACCAAAGGGCGACUAGGAGAAAGGAAUGAUGGCUUGAAAGCUGGACCUGCCUUUACCUGAGCCUUUGGAGCAUGCUAAAUGCUAAUUAUUGCAGUCUGAAAUAUCUGGUGGCUACUGACUGUAACUGUUAAGGUAGUUGUGCGGGGUAGUAAUCUAAGCGCAAUGCAUGAUCCUUCCCGCUCUCAAAGACUUGUAAAAAUUGCAAGCUGUCCUGAGAUCUUGUAUAAUAGUACAGCAUACAAAAGGUUUUAAUAGUCAUAAUUAAUAAAUAAAUAAUAAAAAGAGACAGGCCCCACCAAAUGACUCCACAGAUUUAAACAGCACAACCAUUAUUUUUACAAUAAUACUUUCAAAACUUCAUUGCAUAUACUGUUUUAUUUUUAAAUUUUAUUUAUUACAAUCUUUGCAGAGCACCUUUCAUUGCAUAGAUAGCAGAACAAGAAAUUGGCUUGCAGGAAAUGAAGUCUGCCUAUAAAUCAAAUAAGUAAACAAAUAAAAAUGCUACUGUAAAAGAACGUUUGGAAAGCAGUUAAGGUGUUUUAGAACAGAGUGGCUGACUUAAAAUGCCCAGGCAAACAGAGCAGUUUUGACUUGGCAUCAGAACUGUUGCAGAACUGAAACCGGUUGUACCUCUUUAGGGGGAGUGUUCCACAGCCGCUCUUGAGAUCUUACAAUGGCUUUUUUCCUUUCUCAACCAGAAAGGAAUACCUCUUCUGAGAAGCUACAAAAUAUGUGGGUGUUGUCGCAACACAAAGUAUGUUUCUUGCUCCAGAACUAUCGCUUUUACUCCUGUUCAGUCCCUCUGAAACUCCAUGCAAUUGAGCUAAGAUUUCUUUGAGACAGCUGCAAUUUUAUUUUCAGUACGGCAGGCACACUUGGGUGUAAUCCUGAAGUGCUCAUGGUGAGAACUGAAAGUAGCUAUAAGGCUUUAACCGAAAGGGCCGUUCAGCUGAGGAACUCAUCUUCCCCGCUUUCUGAAACUGGUUUUCAGAAUAGCGCUAGUUUUGCCGUCUCCAGGUCAUUUGCUGACCUUAGCAGGGAGGAGCUGCACAGAAAGAUCUUUAGCAUGGAUGUUGAGCUAGGGUAGCUGCACUGUGAAUGAGUGAAUGAAUGAAUGAUUAGGAAACUGACUCUGCGAUUGUGAAAUCGGACACAGCCGUGUGAUGCAAUCGCAGCGGUUCCUCUUUUGUUUCCUCGGAUGGACAAGCACCUGGGGCUGGGUGUUUGUCUUCCCCGUGUGGUUCGAGUAACGGUCUUCAGUGAGGUGUUGCAUCACAGGGCAGUGUUCUGUCUUAAGAGCUGCUGAUACCUGUUCAAUGUCCCCAGCUAUAAGUAUUUGCUUUUGGGAACAGCGAUUGCACUGAAAAUGGGGUCUCAGACCUCAGCCUCUUUACCAUCUGCUUUUUUUUCUUCUUCUUCUUCGCUCUUCCAGGAUGUGGUGGGAAGAAAGAAGACCCAUUUCAUAACAUUAUUCUUUAAUCGUUUUGGUGCCGCCCUUUCAAUAUUAUUCCCAGUGCAGUUUGCAAGAAUGGAAAGGUUCCCCAAUGCAAAUUUAAAUUGUGUUCUGCUUAGCAGCUAUUUUUAGUGUUUUCUCUGUGACUUCUCCAGGGUAGGUCAGGCUGCCGCCAAAUCUGCUUGCUCCUUUGCCCUCUGUCUUGUGGGAAGGGGCUGUAAGUCAGUAUUAGAUACAUGCAAACAGUCCCAAGUUUAGUCCCUGGAAUCCACAGGUAUUUGUUCCGCCACUGCCGUCUCCUUCUCCUCGAGAUACCAUUCUUUAAGAAAGACCCAAGAUGACUUACAGCAGCAAUAUUAAAACAUAAAAAACAGGUAAAACCUAUUUUCAUUAGGUUGCCAAAAUGUGAUCAAGACAACUAAAGCAUCAUGAGAACCAUAAUUAAGACAAAUAGAUGCCUAGAAAGCCCAUCAAAGGUUUUCAAACGCCUGGGAUUAGAGGGAAGUCUUGACCGGCACUGAAAGGGGACAGCGUUGGUGCCAGGCGGGCCUUGCUGGGAAGAGUGUUCCACAGGCAGGGGGCCACCACCGAGAAGGUUUCCUCCCUCCUUGCUGCCUUCCAAAGCUCCCUGCGAGGAGGCAUUCUGAAUAAGGCCUAAGGAAGUUGAUCGUAGUAUAUUGCUAGGUUCAUCCUGGAGGAGACGCUCUCAGGUAUUCCAGUCCUGAGCCAUAUAAGGCUUUACAGGUCAAAACUGGCACCUUGAAUUGGGCUCAGAAGCGUAUGGGCUUGGAAAAAGGCGUGAAGGACCCCGUCUGAAAUCCGGAGAGCCACUGCCGUUACUCCGUGCUGAGUUGUGUGGACAGCAGUCUACUUUCGUGUAAGGCAACUUCUUAUGUAAAGAAGGCUGCUUUAUGCUUAAAAUAAUGCUUCUUCGACUUCCUUUUAACUGACUCUAUAGGCCCUAUUAUCAAAACCUAAAUAUGGGCUGCAUUUUGCGAUAACAUACAGCUGAAUAGGAAGCUCCCACCCGUUGGUCGAAAGAGCUGCUCUCUUUAAUUUUUUUUAUUUUCAUUCCCUGCUACACUUGCAAACCAUCACGGAAAUGCGCAUUGGACAAGAACCAAGCAGGCCCUGAAGCUGCUCGCCGAUCGAUCGAUUGAUUGAUUGACUGACCGACCCCUUUGAGGUUGCAGCUCGCCCAUUCUGUUUGAUCUUGCUUACUGGCUGUUUCCUCUUGUGGCUAAGGAUAAAAGGUUGGAAGCGUGGUAGAAAAGCAUGGAGGGAUUAGAAGUGGAAGACGGCAUUGUUGGAACACACUCAUCCUACCAGGAAAAUUCGGAGAAUGAGGCAAGGUGCACAUUCCGAUUCCCCAGCACAGUCAUCAAAAUCCAGUUCACGUCGCUCUACCAUAAAGAGGAGAUGAAGGAGGAAGCCUCAUCACCUCCACUUCGGCCACUCUACCCUCAAAUAUCGCCUCUCAAGAUCCACAUUCCGGAGCCGGAUCUCCGGAUCUUGGGCAGCCCCCUGCCUUCCCCCACUGGCACCAUCAGCGUUCCCAACUCUUGCCCAGCCAGUCCUCGCGGGGCCGGCUCCUCAGGAUAUCGCUUUACUCCGAACAUUACCUCGGAUCUGCAGCUGGUGGCAGAAUAUGCAGCAAAAGCUACAUCGGAGCAGCAGAUGGACGCAUCUGGAGGAGACAGCCCAAAGGACGAGUCCAAGCCACCGUACUCCUAUGCCCAGCUAAUUGUCCAGGCCAUCUCGUCAGCCCAGGACAAGCAAUUAACACUAAGUGGGAUCUAUGCCCACAUCACGAAGCAUUAUCCGUAUUACAGGACAGCUGAUAAAGGCUGGCAGAAUUCCAUUCGGCACAACCUUUCUUUGAACCGUUAUUUUAUUAAAGUUCCGCGUUCCCAAGAGGAGCCCGGGAAAGGCUCUUUUUGGCGGAUAGAUCCUCCCUCGGAAGGCAAAUUGGUGGAGCAGGCAUUCCGAAAACGGAGGCAGAGGGGCGUGUCCUGCUUCCGGACCCCGUUUGGGCCUCUCUCUUCCCGAAGCGCACCCGCCUCCCCUACUCACCCAGGCCUGCUCUCCCCUCACACGAGCGGCCUGCAGACGCCGGAGUGCCUGUCGCGGGAGGGCUCGCCGAUUCCACACGAGCACGACUUCGGCUCCAAGCUCGCCUCCGUUCCAGAGUAUCGGUAUUCACAAAGCGCACCUGGCUCGCCUGUAAGCGCCCAGCCCGUCAUCAUGGCCGUCCCUCCGCGGCCUUCCGCCCUGGUGGCCAAGCCGGUGGCCUACAUGCCUGCCUCCAUCGUGACCUCUCAGCAGCCCUCGGGCCACGCCAUCCACGUGGUCCAGCAGGCGCCCACCGUGACGAUGGUCAGGGUGGUGACCGGCUCCACCAACUCGGCAAACGGAUACAUCCUGACCAACCAGGGCCCCCCGGGCAGCGCCCACGAAGCAGCUGGAGCCGUCCUGGACUUGGCCGGUGAGCCUCGAGGGAUGGACGACAAGCCGACCAUCGCCUUUGCCGCCAUCCCCACUGCCAGCCGAGUCAUCCAGACCGUGGCCAGCCAGAUGGCGCAGAGCAUCCCGGGACAGACAGUCACCAUCCUGCAGCAAGCCGCGCCCAUGGCCGUCGGGCAGCACCAGCUCCCGGUCCGAGCCGUGACUCAGAACGGGAAGCACAGCGUUCCCACCAGCAGCAUAUCCGGAGGCGCUUACGCCCUGACAAAUCCUCUGCAGCUGCUUGCAGCCCAAGCCAGUUCAUCCACUCCAGCGGUGGUCAGCCAGCACGUGGGAGAGGCAGGGACUAAGGAUGCGGAAGAGCGUCCGAGCGAACCAGACAUCAAAAGGCCUCGGAUGGAGGAGUCGAGAGGACCACCUGCCCCGCAGACGGGCGUUAUCACUUCGACGGCCCCACACGGACAGGCCGCCAGCGAAUGAGGAAUCCGAAUGUUCUGGAAGGGCAGCUUAGGCGUCAGAGAGAUUUUUUCUAAAAGAAAAACUACAACUUUGCCGUUUUCAGAUUUUUUAAAAAAAUAAAAGCUUCUUUCAGAAUAAGAUUUUUAAAGGACAGGCCAGCAGUUCCUAGGAUCGCACAGUGCCAAACGAACAGGCAAGACCUCCACCUACUGUCUGUUCUGCCUUUUAACUUUGGAGAUUUUUCCCCCUUCUUUUUUAGAUUGAAAACACACACAGCACAGAGACAAUUUGACUGAAUGAUUGCUGGGUUCCCCCCCUUCCCAUUAAUUUUCUUUUUCCUCAAGCAUGGCAAUUGUCUGUGAGCCUGACAGGACUCUUACUCCCGCGGGGGGCGCUGCUGGUCCCCAAAGACACACAACUGAGGUCCGUUCACAUCUCAGAGCUCCUGCCCCUAAAUCUAGAAAAACUGUCUAGGAUGGCCUUUGCAAAACAUUUGCUUGGAAUUUGACGUUGCGAUUUGUAACUGCCACCAAAAAUGGCACACGCGUGUCGAGAUGGCCCUGCAUCACCUGUACUACCUAGUCCAGCUUCCCCGUGUCUGCCAGCCUUGUAGUGUCCGUUCUGUCUCCCCACCUCCCCGCCAUCUGCCCAUCUCCAAUUCGAUUAUCAUGUCAGGAUGCUGGUAAACCGGACUAGAGAAUCCUGUGGCAAGUGGCCUUCCGGGCAUCCGUGCCGUAUAGCGCAAGGUUGUGGUGUGUUUCUGCAAAGUCUCCUGUGGGGAUUUGUGGAGCAGCCAGUUGGAGCAUCAGGACCAUUCCUGGCGAUUCAGCUUGAGAGACGGAGAGAGGAGGAAGCGGAAUGGCUUUUCUCCGAAGGGCCGGUGCAGCCCGCUCGCUGGACCACCCUGCGGCAAUGACUGUCUGCCUUAGCUUACCCUUCCUCGCAGCAUCAUUGCGCAGAUACGGUGAGGGUGAGGGUGAGGAGAGCUUCAUAUGCUACCUUGAGCUCCUGGGAGGAGGAAGCACAGGAUAAACAUGUAAUAAGGCUGUUUUUAAGCCUGGGAGGGAGAGAACCUGAUUUUCUCCGAACGGUGGUCAGCAGUUCCUUGCUGUUAGUUAUGCUGGCUCAGACUGAUGGGAGUCGUAGUCCAACACCCUCUGGAGGGCCAUGCCGUUUUCACAUGCGUCAGGCUCCCUGAUCCCACACCCCCGCAUCAACUGCUCGUUGCUCACAGGGUGUCCUUAGCAGCCAAGGGUUUGAAGAGGCUUUGCAAAUCCCAAAGCUUUCCAAAGAGGAGGCCAGUCAAGGACGGGGAGGUGGCUUGUAUCAAAGGCAUGUGAAGUAAUCCAAGAUCCUGCCUCUUGCUUGACAACGGUUCAGGAAUUACCUGUGUGUCGGCAAGCCUAAAAUGUGGCCCUGCUUGUGUCUCCUCUAAAUAGAGCCACUGCACACACAAGAGAAUGGACCAGAUUCCAGCUAAAUUUCAGGAAAAAUCUCCUCUGGAGCAAUAUGACAAUGGAACCAAUCCCUCGGGGCGUUGUGGGCACUGCCACACUAGAGGCAUUCACGGUGCGCCUGGACAGCCAUCCAAGAGGGAUGGGUUGACCUGCCGUCCUGUACUAGCGGGGUUGGACCCAGUGGCCCUAUGACUCCUUCCAGCUCUACUUUUCUAUGAUUCAUACGUGGGGCAGGGCGCAGUUCACAUUUUCCUUCUUGCCUGUAAGGUAUGUAUGUGUGUUGCGGGGUCAUUCGCUCAGUCUUGGGGGUCGGGGCAGGUUGCAGAUACCGAUCUGAAGGAGCAUCAGAGCUCAGAUCCCAGGAUGAUAAACGUCCACAGCUGAGGGAAGGCAGAAAUAAAAAUACUAUUUCAGUACCCAGGUGAGGAAACCCCCUUUCCCUUCUGUGCAUGAAAAAGCGCCUCUCUGUUUUUACAAAGGCAAUUCUUCCCUCCCCCAAGAAGUUCAGAGCAUUUUGGUGCUUCGGUUUCCACAUCCCCCAUCAGAAACCAGUACAGCUGGAUAAAGGGUUCGGGGUUGUAAUUACAGCUUCGCCAAGCCAGUUCUCUCUCAGCAUCAUUUCUGUUGUUUGUGCUCACACUUUUGAUGACUGUUCCAUAAGCUCCAUUUUCCUAUGCAAGCAAUAAUUAAUUAUAUCCAGUUUUUUUUUGAGGGGGUGGGUGUUAAUUCCAUACUGUGUUUCCAGAGACAAAUGGGUGUACCAGCUGGCGAAGGCCACAAGGUAUCUGCGCCCAGGUGCAGGCUCCUCGUGCCCGGUGAAUGUGUAGGCACCAGUAGACCUCUGGAGUGAGGGACAGCUGCCUCUGGCAAGGUUCUGGAACCCGGCUCUGCUUGCCCAAGGAAAGAGGGUGGACUUCCGUCCGGAAUGAGGCAAACGGCCGCAGAUCAACCUGCAGGGCUGCGUAACUUGUGCACAAACAGAGUGCUUUUGUUCAGCUGAGCACUCGGGUUGCGGUGAAACUGAGCCUCCCCCAAGCUUGUUUCGCCGUUCUGCCGCAUGAGCUCAACAAAACGGCCUCGUCCACCUCCUCCUUUGGCUGGAUGCCGCCUGUGGAGAAGGGAUGGGCCCUCUUGGAAUUGGGAGUGUGGGCUUGAGGCUUCCCCGAGGAGCUGCGGCAGAACGACGACCUUGAGUGUGCGCAGAAGGCAGCGCCGAGUUUUAAAAACAAAGGCACGGUGAUGACAAGCGAGAGGAAAAGCCGAAGCAGCUUUGCCCAUAUGAUGGGGCAAGUGACAGACAGGCAUCGUCUUUGCUUUGCCCUGCCCUGCGCUGCACUCAGUUUGGGAGCCUGGAUAAAAAGCCACAAGCUCCCUCUGAAGUCCUGUUGCUUAUUUAGAGCCCCUUUGGACAAGAACAGUUUUUCCUGGUCUUGAUGGAAGCGAGGCUUUUAGCAUGCUCCUUCCAAGCAAGCAACUGUUCUUCGCUACGGGAGUGACAGGAUCUGGGGUGUCCCGUUCCCCUGCCUGGGGUGGGGAAGGAGCUUUGGACUACAAGUCCCAGGAUUCCUCACCACUGGCCAUGCUGGCUGGAGGGGACAGCUGUUGAAGACCAGCACCAGGCCGCUGGGGGUGCCCGCUGUAAAGGGGUGGGGGAGAAAUCCCCCGUCACCUGCAGAAGCAGGUUUUGAGCUUCCCACGCUCAGGGUCUCCUUUCCAUAGUGAUGUGUCUUGGGCCGCAGAGGCGUCUCGGUGCUGCGGAGGAUUCUGAGAUACUGCCUGACACGCCAAGCGCUUGCCAAGAUCUGCCAGGCUUCGAGACCGAAUAGCAGGGGAUGCGAGAUGGGGUGGGAGUGGAUUGAAGGCUGGUGGGGUCACCCAGGCCAUCCGUUUGGGGGACGGGUCUGGCCUACAGGAUCCCAUCUCUUGGGAGCUUCUCCUGCACAAGCCCCCUUUAGCAGGAGAACUUCCAGUAAACACUUCCUAGCAAGGUGGGUCCUGGCUAAUCGAGUGCCCUUGAAUGUCCCACUCCGCGUUCCAGAGUCUCCCUGAAGGCCAGCCCCGAACAGCUCUCCCCACUCCAGAUGUCUUGCACUACAUUUGCGAUCCUCCUUGUGGUUGGGGAUGAUGGGAAUUGCAGCCCAGCAUUUCUGGACUGUAAGUUUGGGAAGGUGGCUUUAGAAUGUGUCCGUUCUUCCCUACGGCUGCAUGUCCAGGGGAGGACGGGGUAACUGUGAAUCACGGACUUGCCAAAGUGGAACCCUUGCAUUUCAAGUCUGUCUUCUCUGUAGGUCAGUUAGCAUAGUAUAGAUGUGUGUUAUACAGAAAGCAGUAAAGGCUUGUGCACUUGGGUUUAAGGUGUUGUGCAACUCACGUUUCCAAGUUGCUCAGGCUCUCCUCGACUCUCGACGGCUUAGUGGGCUUCAAGCUGACUUGUUCCGCAUUCCUGGCUCAAUGUUGCAAUGGAGCAUUAAUUCAGUUAUCUGGGCUUGUGAAGAACCAGGUGCCUGCUCACCGGUGGCGAGCAAGAAUCCCUUCCAGGCAAUUAGACACUAAAGCUUGGUUUUUAUUUUUUUAGACCACAAGUGACAGGCACACAGCGAUGCAUGAAAGAAGGAAUAAUAAAAAUUGGUUCUGAGCUAAUGA